CGCACGGUAAACAGUAGCACAACGCAUAAGCAGCAGUCACCAGUCCGUCACCAAAAGCCAACAAGCAAAUCAUACACAUAACGACACACCAAGACACACCGAGACGCAAAGACACAAAUACAAAUGUAACAUACCAUACCAACCAUACAAGAUAAGACAUUUAUAAGUUUAAUAUUUUUUCUCUCGGGUGCAUUAAAUUCAUCGAUAGCUGUGGGUAAUUUUGUGGGAAGAAAAAAAAAUUGAAAAAAAAUAAAAAAAGUGAAAAAUAUUAAAAAAAAAAAAAAAAUAAUAACGACGAAUUUAUGUGAAAAAAAUUUAAAAACCAAAAAAGUGAUUUUAUGUUAAAAAAAUCAAAAAAGUGUUGUGUAUUUGAAAAUUUUAUAAAAAAAAUUAAAAAAUUUACCCAUAGUACUAGGGGGUGUUUGGCUUUAACGCUUCCCCCCCCCCAUUCUGACCAGUGUCUGUGUUCACAACAAUGAUAAGAACACCAAAGUUCAACAAGCCUAAAUUUUUUAGGGAACUCUUUCAUAUAUACUAGAAAUUAGUCAUCGUCAUCAGACGAAAGCACUUGCAAGGCUCUUGAGGAACCUCUUCCUCGGACUCCCUUAUCUCCUAGCCAGCACAACAACCUGCUAGGGGCCAGCAUUACCCUAAAGACUAAGGGGUUUAAUUGUUCAACAAACAUAAAUAGAAUUUAACAAAAAAGGAAAAGCAAACCAAAAAGGAUACGAUAUUGUUAAAAAAAAAGAAAUAAAGUGACCGAAGCUAUUCGAAGUGAUACCAAAAAGUCAAAUACCAAUAGGGAUCAAAGAAUAAUAACAACAACAACUUAAGACAAAAGCCAAACGAUAGCCCACCUACCAAAAGCCAUUUACUUUUAAACACCAACAAAAAGAACAAAAAGAAAAAAGAAAACAAACGAGUUUAAAUUUUAAACAGCCAACGUCUUUUUUUUUCAAAAACUUUUUUAAACAGUGAAAAACAAAAGAAAAUCAUUUUGCCCUCCAGAUUCUCAGCCAUAUAAAAAAGGGAUAAAAACACACCACAGCAAUGGGUCGUCGCAAGGACAAACCACGCCUUAUUCCCGAACAGGAUAAACGCAUAUGUCGCGCUAUAUGCCUUUGCCAAUUGACUAUGGUCCUCUCAUGUGUCUCCAUUGUCUAUUUGAGCGUUGCCAUUUAUUCGCCUUCAUUCAAAGCUUUUAAAUCUGGCUUUGAAUUGGAUCCUGUUAUGUGCCAAACCCAUACCGCUGACAUGCCUGACAGCCACUGUUCCUGGGCUUCGUGUGGUGAAUGGUGUUUGACUCGCACUAGCGGUUUUUGCCCUCAAAUUUAUUCCAUUGUCCGACGCAAUGGCACCGACAUACAAUUCAACAAUUGCACCAAAAAAAUACAAUCACGAACUUCAUGUCCCAUGAUUGAUGAGAAGGUUUUGCCAAAAUUCAAUUGCAACAAUGGAACCGAAUGCAGUAACCUCAGCGGAGUAUUCAAUUGCACUAACGGCCAUUGUAAAAAUAUGACAGAAAGAUUUUUAUGUCAUCACAAAGCCGAUGGUCCUGUAAUCAAUUCGGCCAAGGAUAACACCAAAUUAAAUGGCUUCUUUGAGUGUCAUGGGGUGUAUUGUACUAAAAUCAAAAAAGCUUUUACCUGCGAUCGCAUAUGCAACAACAUAGGCACAUCUGGCAGAAAUGUGGUAUUGAUGGAGGAUAAUAGUAUCAUUACCGGCGAAUGUGAAAGUGCAGUGGCAUUUAAUGAGGCUCGUGGCAAUGAGCCAGGGGUGCGUAUAAGUCCCACAGAGUUUUGGACUAAAGAGGAUGGUAUACUUUUGGCCAACUGUGCCCUGGUGGUGGAUGAUAACAAGAGUGAUAUAAUAACAGCUAAAGAUUGUCUUAAUGGCACUGUUUUGCCACCGGGCACUUUACCCCCCUCCUUUAUGAAUUUCACCGAGUUUUGGAAAAUGUAUGCCGAAAGCAAUGUACCAGUCGAUCCAGAUCAACGUUUUGUGCCAAGUCAACAUAAUUUAACCAUUUACAAAUCGAAAAAACUCUUCAUCAAUUUGGAGGGAUGUGUCAACACUUUGAAGAACGAGUGUAAAGAUUUUCAUGCACGUCAUGGCAAUGAUGGUGAUAAUAAUACAGCCAUGUCGCGAUAUCAAUGCUAUUACAAUAAGAAUCCCAAUGUUGAGUUUGUUACAUCAAGAUAUGAUCUGAACAAGGUUUACAAUGAAUUAUUAUUCUCCCUAAUUGUGCCGAUUGUUUUAUUUGUAAUUUCGUCGAUAUCUUUGAUUGUCAUAACGAAGUCUGUGAAGGUGGGAGACGAUGCCAAAAUGCGUUGCAUAUGUUCGGGAGAAGAAGAAUUUGAUGAAGAUGCGGUCUAUUCAAAGAGAAAAAGUGUACGGACGAGGCAACAAGAAACUCUGGAAGCUAAUGAUAAUCUAAAUCAAUUGACUAAUUUAGAGGAAAUGGACAUAAGUCCUGGAGACCCCCUUGGUAUGGCUGGCAGUACUAAAUAUUUAUUGCCCUUAAGUGCUACCAAUGAUUCUGGCACCACAGACAAUACCAAUGAGGAUGAGAAGGCUUCGACAUGUGACGUGCCAGAAAAACCUUUGGUAGUUAUUUAAGCCGUAAAACACAAAAGUGAAGAAGCAACUAAAACAACAAAAUAGUAAUUCUAAAAUAUUUUUUUUUAAAUAAAAUUUAUUUAUUAAUGUGUAACUCUAUGUGACAAAAUGAAGAAAAACACUACGAGACAGAAGUAACGAAAUGAACUAAAGCAUUUAAUGUUUAUAUAAAAAAAAAUUUUUUGAGCGAAUGAAAGUUAAAAAAAAAGGAUAAAUGUCCAAUCAAGUCACUAUUGUACCUUGAGUUAGCGUUCCCUUCGUCCAAAAAAAAAAAACAAACAGCAAAGCAAAAAACCAGGAAAUAUAGGAAAAUCUCAUUCAAAAAUAUAUGUUUCAUAUUCAUAAACUCACAAACCAAAUACAUGUUUACUUGUACUAUAUAAUCGUAUUGAAAAUUCAUUCAUUAAACUUUUUUGUUUUCUCAAAUUUCAUCGAAAAUCACUAGAAAAUAACCAAAAAGAAAAAAAAAACACAAAAUAAAGUGAAUAUAACAACUGCCUUCAAUGUUAACCACCAAAAAGUUGAAAAAACCAAAGAGAAAACCAAAAAACAGAACAAAAUAUUUCGACUUGAUAUUAUUGAAAAGAAAAUCUUUAACAAAACAACAACAACAACAAAAUUAGGAACAAACAUACUUUUUAAUUGAAUAAUUUAAAGCGAAAUUUCUAUAAAUAUACAAGCUAACCAAACAAAUAAAAAUUUUUCGAACUAUAUAUGAUGGAAACUAGACGACCAUGUGUAUAUUUGUUAGUUACUAUGAAACGAUAUGUAGUUCUUGUGUAAACAUGCUAAUGGACUAAUGUUGUAAAGCUCACACCACUGUAUGGAAAUACAAUACUUAAGGAAUGACAAAGCUUAAUUUAGAACAAGAAAAGUUCAGCUGGUACGAAUCUUGUAUACCCUCUACCAUGGGUCGCAUGUGCCAAGUUCUUUAAAUGAUUCCGGAUUACAAGCGGAAACUUAAAAUCUAUAAUGGGAUAAAUUGAAGAAGUCGAAUUGGGAGAAGAAGUUAAUUGGGAGAAGAAGUUAAUUGGGUUUAAUGAGUGCUUUAUAUGGCUAUAGACCGGUUCCACCCUUUUUUUGAAUGUAGGGCGCCAUAUCAGAAACUAUCUUACAAAAUAUCAACCAAAUCGGAUAACAAUUGUAUCGCUAAGGGCAUCAAGAAGUGAAGUAAAAAAAUUUUUUUUAUAUAAGAGCUUUGUGUGUUUAUGGACCCAUUCGAACCCUCCAUGCUUCUGAGGAAGUAAAAUUAGGUGAAGAAAUCAAUUAGGUUACCACUUUGUGAAAGUUGAACAAAAUCGGAUAGUAAGUGCGUCCCCUAUGGUAUCAAGAAGUCAACUCCAGGAUCUUUUUUAUAGUAGUUAUGUCUGGUUAUGGACCCAUUCAAACCAUCCAUGUUUCUGAAGAAGUAAAAUUGGGAGAAGAAGUAGUUGAGUUUAAUAAGGACAAUAUCAGGUUAUAGAACGAUUCACCCCACACUUGGAUGUAAGGCAUCAUACCAGAAACCAACUUGCAAAAGUUCCGCCAAAUCGGAUAAUAAGUGCUCUAGUGCAUUAAGAAGUCAACUCCCGAUUUUUUUAUAGAAGCUAUGUCUGGUUAUGAACCCAUUUAAACCGUACUUGCCAUGGAUGUUAGAAAUCAUAACAGUUUAAAAUAUCUGUCAAAUCUGACUAGAAAUGCGACCUCAUGAGGCUUGAGAAGUUUUAUUUUGAUAUUAUUAUCUAUUCAGACGGAUGACCGGACGAACGGGUAUAAUAACCAAAAUGAAAAAAAUUCGACAGAGCCCGGCCGGAAUUCGAACCUGUGCCGUUGCGUUGUCUUGUGUUCGAAGCUAUCAAAACAAAAGAUGCACAGAAUCAAGUAUAUACCAUGGGAGUAGUGCACAGAAUCAAGUAUAUAUACCAUGGGAGUAGUGUAAUUGUGUAGACAAAAAAUCUACCAUUACAAACACAUGCAUUGGGAAUAGUGCAGCUAACAGACAGGGUUGUCGAGCGUGAUUAAUGUGGUAUUUACAUCAUAGAGGCAUCUAUGUACAACAUACCAACGUACGGAUCAUGAAGCCUUUACACCUUAUAUGGCUAAUGAGUAAUUGCAACCAAAUUACGAAACGCGUCCCAUAAUGGUUGCUGUGUGUUGCGAUCACUGGCUUUCCUUGUUUCAUUUUGCAAAGAAAAAUCUCCGAUCAUUGAGCUCGUCUCUAAAGAGAAACAAACAAAAACAACGUUUGUGGACAAUGUAAGUCUACUCACGGAAAAUUUUAAAGUUUUACUUUAGCGACUGAAAUAACGAUAGCAUACAACGGGCCUCACGUAGACAUCGAAAUCUUGGAAUACGAGGGAUGCCUUUUAUAUGUCGCAAUUGGACAACCCUUGUGUUGCAAUCUGUCAACUGACAGCUUUAUCGUAAAGCUUGGAAUUUUAGAGCUUAUACGUACUUAGAACGUUUUGACAUACGAGCGCUAUUUGUGUUGUUAACAGUAAUUUAAAAGAUUCAUUUCGCCCAAAAAAUGGAAUUAAAUCGUGAAGAUUUUCGUGCCAUUAUUUUUUACAACUUUCGACGUGGAUGAACUCAACAACAGUGCAUCGAUGAACUUAAAUCAAUUUUUGGCAAUGAAAGUCCAUCAAGGACCAGUGUUUAUCGAUAUUAUGGUGAAUUCUACCGAGAUCGUAGUUCAAUCCAAGACGAAUUUCGUGAAGGUCGUCCAAAAUCAGUUGUUGUUCUAAAAACCAUUGAUGCUGUGCGCCAACUGAUAUUGUAUGAUUGUCAUGACCUACCGAGAGAUUGAGACAACCUUCGUAGGACCAGCAUACAUUCAAUAUUGCAUGAACAUUUGACCGUCAAAAAAAAAUCGAUUUAAUGAGUCAUCCGCCGUAUAAUCCUGCUUUGACAAUUGGUUCAAACGCAUGAAAGAGUGUUCAUCAGAAAUCGUUAGGUGCGAGGGCUUCGAAGGUCGUACAUUGGUACGUUGUAUUUAUUUCAAAAAAAUUGCGAACGAUCCUCUAUGAACCUCUAUGGGUUUUUUGUUAUCAGAAUUCAAGGGGUUUUUUCAAUGUUUUGAUAAAAAAAAUAACAUCCUGAGCCAUGCCGUGUUUUGAGACUCUAUACUUAGGGACAGACUUGAACCGACUUGGGAGCGUGGUAUGGAAAAUAAUUAGGGAUUUUGUUAGUAGCACGGAAUUCCGGACCUACAUUUGCUUUCUCAAGGUUCCAUUAUAGUAAUAAGAGCGCACACCAAGCCGAUUACUAGCUUAGGUGUAUCUCCAUAUUGGCAUGGGCCGGAUAAAUAUCCGCAACUUCAUUUCAACGUAACUUAACCUAGCGACUGAAAUAACUUUUAAUGCAAAUAUAUCCCAUAAAUCAGUGCCGUUCGUUUACACAUUCAACAAAAUGGUUUAAAUCUCUGUAAAAAAAUAAUAAAAUAAAAUAGACCAUACGAAUUAUUUAGGGAAAUUAUAAAACGAACACAACAAAUUAAUGAUGGUUUGAUAAUACAAAAACAGAGACUAAAACAUAAAAGUGGUGUGAGUUGCAUAAUAGAAUCGGCAUGAGCCGAUUUUUGAUUUUUUUUAUUGUACUUUCUUCAUUUUUGUGGAUGUCAAAUUUUUGAUUGUGCUAACACAACGGAAACUUUUUCACAGAAGUGAAAUAAGCAUAACAAAAAUAGAAACAAAGCACUAAUUAUUGUAUUAAUGUAUGUAUUAUAACAUUUGGAACAAUCUAUUUUAUUGAAUACUGCUAUAUAUUUACAUCGUAAAUA